UGUAUGGUUCUGAAUACGCUCUGCAUGUGUUUACGUAGGAGUACCAGUGUCCAAUCAACUCGUAGUAUGCAAAUCGUUUGCUAAUCUCACAGUUCAUCCUCACGUGUUUUGAGUGUGUGUUCAGGACCGUUCAGAAUGGCAAGUGGAGGUGAAAAGCCGCUGUUAGAGCCCCCACCAGCUUCAUUCAAGUCUGCUGUCUGGCAACAUUUUGGGUUUCCAAUAAACUACAGCAGCGAUGGUAAAAAAAACGUCGACAAAACUGUUACAGUGUGCAAAAUUUGCACGGCACGAGUGCCGUACGGUCAAGGCAAUACUACGAAUAUGACGACUCACUUGCGCCGUCAUCAUAAAGGUGUUAUUGAUGAUGGCAGCAUGGGAUCGCAGGUGAGAGUGAAACAACAUACACUGCCGUCUAUGUUUAAACAAACACUCAGCUCUAGUUCGGAUAGACACCAAACAAUAACUAAUGCUCUGGGAGUUUUUAUCGCCAAAGACAUGCAGCCCUACUCUGUUGUUAAUGAUGUGGGAUUUAAGCAUAUGAUUAAGACACUCGAGCCGCGUUACGAAAUCCCUUCGCGUAACCACUUCAGCAGCAAGGUUAUUCCUGACAUGUAUGAUGCAACACGGAAAGGAAUUGAGAAGGAACUUGCAAAUGUACCAUACGUUGCUCUGACAGCUGAUGGUUGGACCUCCAGGUCAACUGAAAGCUAACAGUGACAAUACAUUACAUUGUUGAUUGGAAAAUGGAAAGCGCUGUCCUGCAAACAUGCCCCCUGUUUGAGAGCCACACAAGUAGCAAUUUGGCUGAUGCACUGAUGAGUGCAGUGACAGACUGGAAGUUAGAGAGACCUAACAUCACAAUUCCAGUCACUACCGAUAAUGCACAGAACAUGGUUAAUGCUAUAAAAACUGCAGCUGGACUAGGGCCACAAGUUGGCUGUUUUGCACACAUUCUGAACCUUGCAGCCAAGAAGGCGGUAGCACUACCACAGAUAAGCCGCCUUUUUAGCAAGAUCAGAAAAGUUGUAACAUUUUUUCAUAAAAGCACAACAGCUGCUCAUACCCUGAAAGUCAAGCAGGAAAUGUUAAACAUACCUGUUCACAAACUUAUACAUGACUCCCCAACUAGAUGGAAUACCAUUUAUGACAUGAUGGAAAGAUAUCUGGAGCAGCAGCCUGCUGUCUACUCUGCCCUUAUGGACAAAAAUGUUAAAAAGAAUGUCAAGGACAUUGCAAUAUUGUCUGACAGUGAAUUGAAACUGGCAGAGGAAAUUAUUACUCUGCUAAAACCCCUCAAGACAAUCACCACCCUCUUAAGCACAGAAACAACUCCAUCUCUGUCAAUUGUUCUCCCUUUAAAGACAAUGCUUCUAAAAUCCAUGGAUCCUCUAGAUGAUGACAGUCCAACCAUAAAAGACGCCAAGGCAGCCAUCACCCAAGACUUGGAAAACAGAUACACAGAUCCUAACCUUCUGGAGUAUUUCAACAAAGCAUCAUUCCUUGAUCCAAGGUUUAAGUCUCUAGCUUACAUGGAUGCAGCCUUGUGUGCCAAUGUUUACAGUGGAGUCAUCAAAGAGAUUACUGAACAACAACAACAGGGUCAGACUCAGGCGGUUGCUGCAGAAGCUGGACCAUCUGGAAGCCAGAAGCCAUCAGAAUCUCCUCCCCAGAAGAAGUCUGCUAUGUCAGAGCUAUUUGGACAAUUUUUUACAGCACCUGACAAGACAAAGACUUUUACUGAUAUCAUAGAGAAAGAGGUGAUGUCAUACAAGGCAGAGGAUUGCAUUGAGACAGAUGCAGAUCCACUUGCAUGGUGGAAGUUGCAUGAGAGCAAGUAUCCUCAUGUUGCUCAUCUUGCAAAACAAUACCUUUGUGUCUGUGCUACAUCAGUGCCAAGCGAGAGUGUGUUCUCCACUGCAGGAGACAUUGUUUCUGCAAGCAGAUCUCGACUUGCAACUGAAAAUGUUAACAAGCUGAUCUUCUUGCAAAAAAACUUAAAGAUUGUGUAAUAGAAUAUAAGAACCCAGUGUUCUAAGCUAUUUUAUGUUCAUUUUGAAGUGCACUGUAUGUUGGUGUAAUAAUGCAAGCACUUUUAAGAUUUUGGCAGAAGUUAAAAACUGCUGUUUUUGGUUUUGUAAAGAAGCCUGUUGUAACCAAGGUGUUAGGUGUUUGUAACACAAUAAAUAAUUUAUUUUUUUUGAAUUUGCCUGUAGUCUUUUCCCCCCAGCAUACACGCACCGAAACGUACCGAACCGUGACCCUUAAACCGUGAUACGCACCGAACCGUGAGUAAUUUGAACCGUUACACCCC